GCAAACAACUAAAUGGCGUGAGAUACACGAUAGUCUCGUCAUUCCAUUUCUAGUCACACUAUCUAGUCAUUAUUUUUUUUUUUUUAAUAAUCCGUAAGGCAUCCAAGUAAGGAUAAGCGACGCUAGAUUAUCAAAUAAAUAUCAUGAAGUGAACAGUGUAAUUAACGCAACGGUUCGACGUCCGUGAGACGCCUAAUUGCGGUGACGCGGUAUAAGUGAUUAUUGGUGAACAAUAUCGAAUCCCCUCCCUCCCCCGUCAUCAUGUAUUCGAUGGACAAUCUCGAACGGGACAUGAUGAACCGGCAGUACAUGUACGAGGCGCACAGCUUCCUGGCGUCCCAUCAUCCGUCCGGUAGCACCGGUAGCACUAGCGGCAGCGAACACUAUCUCUACGACGAGAACAGCAGCGACAACGAGAGCGUUUACAGCAGCGAUCAGGAGAAUCACGCGAGAGAACGAAGUCGAGGCAACCGACGCGGCGGGGCAUCGGGAAAAUGUCCGAGACAGGUGCAGGUGCAGCAACGGCAGGCGGCGAACAUGAGGGAACGAAGACGUAUGCAGAACAUAAACGAUGCUUUCGAGGGCCUGAGGGCUCACAUACCGACCUUGCCGUACGAGAAAAGACUGUCGAAGGUCGACACGCUGAAGUUGGCGAUCGGUUACAUAAACUUCCUCAAUGAACUCGUCAGGACAGACAAGGGUAACGACCCCUUGACGGGCAACAGCGGUCUCUCGAGGUGUUCCAGUCGGGACGAGUCCAAGAAGGUCAUAGUCCGUGGCAGCGGUGGUAAUCCGUUCAUCUCGCACUCGCUUUCGUGGUCGAGAAAGUCGGAUAUUUCGCCAAAUGGCACGAUGUACGCGAAGGUCUGGACGCCGGAAGAUCCGCGAACGUCGAAAAACGGGACGACGUUCGAGUAGACGGCGAAUUUUGAGUUUCACUCACGAGGAAACAAAGGACUUGGACACGGUCGGGACGUUUCUCAUCUAGCGUGUUAUUUAGUGUCUAAGGAAAAACAUUUCUAGUCACUGAUCCUCGUCAUGUGAUUUGCAUCUAUCGAGGUGUUCCCCGAUUUUUUAUUGGAAACGAAAAUAUUUAUACAUCGUUUGUCGGGAAGACAACGUUAGUAUUAAAGCAAAUUGAAUUAGUCAUUGCAAAAUACGCGUAAACAAAAUUUCAAUUUUUUAAAGAAAAUUUCUUACUUUAUAUUUUAUACGUAAUCAAUUUUUUUAUCUUGAUGCAAAUAUGAUUUUUUUCUAGAAAAGUAUUCUAAACGCAAGCUGAGUAUUUUUGGUCAUGAAUUUUGAGAUGGAAUAUCUUUUUUUUUAUAAGGAAAUAAUUCUUUCAGAUUUUUCUGAGGGGAGGCUCGAUCAACGUUUAUUUUGCAAUGGCCGAUUCGGUUUUCAUCGUUUUGCAUAAUGCAAAUCUGUGCGUAUCUGUAUGUAUCUACGAAGCAUUUUUACGAACGUUCUGUGAAACGUGCUUUGUAAAUAGAAAUUCUCGAAAUAGGCAAUUACAAUAGGAUAAGCACUACCAUUUAUACGUAAUUAAAACGACAUAACAGAGAUGAUGCGCGAUGAGCGUAAUUAUCGGCACUGUGAAUAACAAAGCUAAAUAAACGUAGUUCUGAGAAAUUCGUUGUGUAAAUUAUUCACCUCGCAGUCCUCCAAAAAAUACGAAUAACGGACGAAACUCAAAGAUAGAAAAUCGAGAAUCGUGUUGACAGAUAAAGCUUCUGAUUGCAAAUUUAAUUUAAUUCCACUUUAUUUUUAUAAUUAAAAAUCAACAUCAAUGAACAUAAUCGAUAAAGAAAAGCUUGCUCGAAAAAAAUUGAAAUAAAGCAUAAAAACUUAGUCAGUUUAUGCAGUUGGAUCAUUGAAGAACUCAAUGAAGUUCCAUCAUCAUUCGCGAUGGAAUUAUUAGCUUGCAGCUUUUAAGUUCCAAGCUAAUAAUCAAAUCUCGUCCGUGAUUCGAAGAUGCUUUCGACAGCGACAUGCCGAAAGAGAGAAAUGGCAAGAUGGCCGAAACCGCCGAAGGGUUGAUAGCACCCUAAAAAGCUUCUUGUGUUCUCGCAGGGAUGGGUUUGGGCAAAAGAAGAAGAGAACGAGAGUCGGGAGUCGGUUCAGAAAUAGAGAUAUAAAAAGAG